AAUACAUCCAGUGGAGAAAAAUCUUGGGAAGUAUUGCUGGGUCAUGUCAUUAGUGAGCUGUCUAAGGGGAAGAUGUAUGAAGGAGGAGAGACUGAAGAAUUAACAGUGGUAAAUCCUGAUUCUGUAGAGUGCUAUCUGCAGCAGUUCUGCUUGCCUUUCCUCAGGAUCACAAGCCUUCUUCAACACCAUCUUUUUGGAGGGGAUUUACCUAGUUGCCAGGAAGAUGAAGAAUUCACAGUUCUUGCAAGCUGCCUGGGUCUCUUACCAUCUUUUCAGUCAGCUCAUCAGUUCACCAGUGCCUCUUGUCUCGAUUGGCCAGUGCCAGCAUUUGACAUGAUAUCACAGUGGUGCUCAGAAUUGGCUUCGUUUGCAGGUAGACAUCCAGAUCAAGCAAAGGCUUUGCUUAUCCAGGAACCUAAGUGGGACUUACCACGCCUCCUUCAGUUGCCUGAGAAUUAUAAUACCAUUUUUCAGUAUUAUCACAGAAAGACUUGUACUGUUUGUACCAAGGUCCCUAAAGACCCUGCUGUUUGUCUAGUUUGUGGUACUUUUGUAUGCUUGAAAGGACUAUGCUGCAAACAACAGAGUUACUGUGAAUGUGUACUGCAUUCUCAAAACUGUGGAGCUGGGACAGGAAUAUUUCUUUUGAUUAAUGCAUCUGUAAUCAUCAUCAUACGAGGCCAUCGUUUCUGCCUUUGGGGUUCCGUUUAUCUAGAUGCACAUGGUGAAGAAGACAGAGAUCUUAGGCGUGGUAAACCUCUCUACAUAUGCAAGGAAAGAUACAAAGUGCUUGAGCAGCAGUGGGUGUCUCAUACUUUUGAUCAUAUCAAUAAAAGAUGGGGGCCACAUUAUAAUGGCUUGUAAAUCAUCAUCAGCUACACACCGUAUCAUUGCUGUUACCAUGAAUGAAUGCAUCUUGACUGACAGUAGCUUUAACUGAAUGGGAGUUUAGCUCUUUGGUUCGGGGUUGAGUGGGGUAUGGGCAUAAAAGGGAAAUGGAACUUUGUCAACAUGAAAUUUUUGCAAAAUUAGCUGCUGUUGCUACUGAAUAACGAUACAAUAAUUCGAAAUUAAAUCCUCAAAAUGGUGUGAGCAAUCUGAUUGCACUCAGUAGUCCAUUUUUCUUUUUGUUUUUUUUAAAGCCCAUUAUUGUUAAGAAGCACAAAUUUUACUUACAGUUGUUUAGAGGCUCCAGGGAUAGCUGUCAGGUUUUUAUUUUUCUCUGCAUGGAGUUGAGUUUUUAGCAACUUUUGCUGAAACUGUGUAUAUGUCUACUACAUCUACUAAAUAUGUUGGAUAAAA